AUGAGGUAUGACGGGACUAAGGACCCCCAGGAACACCUCACCGCCUUUGAAGCAAGAAUGAACCUGGAGGGAGUAGGCGACGCAGUGAGAUGCCGAGCAUUCCCUAUAACGCUUGCCGGCCUGGUGAUCCGGUGGUUUAAUGAACUCCCACAAGAAUCCAUCACGGCCUUCCCGGACAUCUCCCAAAACUUCCUAGCUCGAUUCACCACACGCAUAGCCAAGGCAAAUCACCCAAUAAACUUGUUAGGAGUCACCCAAAAACCCGGGGAGCUGACCAAAAAAUUCCUGGACAGAUUCAACGACGAGUGCCUAGAGAUCGAUGGCCUCACGAACUCAGUUGCUAGCCUUUGCCUAACAAAUGGCCUGCUAAAUAAGGACUUUAGAAAGCACCUCACAACCAAGCCCGUAUGGACAAUGCAAGCGAUUCAAAACGUGGCCAAAGAGUACAUUAAUGACGAGGAAGUCAACCAGGUCGUAGCCGCCAAUAAACGGCAGCUCUCUAACCCCCCACCUUGGCAGGCCCCCCAGAUCGAUAGGUUUAUGGAGACUCCUAGGGACAGAGCCCCGACCAAGCAACACAAAAAACUUCCCCGAGUUGGAAGGUUUACAAACUACAUGCCACUCAUGGCGCCCAUAGUAGAAGUCUACCAACAAAUUAUAGACAAGGGAAUCCUAUCCAGACCCAGGCCAUUGAAAGAGAGAACAGGAGGCAACAAGAGCCUCUACUGUGAUUACCAUAAGGGCUUCGGCCACAAGACUCAAGACUGUUUCGAUUUCAAAGACGCUUUAGAGCAGGCCAUAUGGGAAGGAAAAUUGAGUGAGUUCUCCCGACUUAUCCGAGAAUCGAGGAGACGAGAACGGGACCACUCAGAAGAAUAUCAUAGCCGAACUGUCAAAGCCAGACAAGAACCCAUGGGGAACGUUGAUAAGCCCCCAACUUUUGUGGUCAACGUUGUGGUCGGACGUAAUACCCCUCCAAAUCUAGGUCAGCAGCAAAGGAUACCUGGGUCCUCUCUAUCUCGACAGGGGGUCCCACCACUCCAAGCAAAAAACCUCCCAUGA